AUCCUUCCCCUCAGUCAACCCUAAUGAAGGGCCAAAUAGUGGCAUUAUACCUCUGCGCUAAUGGGCACCUCAUGGACAGUCUUGUCAAGAUCUACCUGCAAUGCAGGGGUCGUGUUCCCAAGCUCGAGGUCGUGGUCGUGCCCCUAGCAUUCUCAGAUUACCCCCACUCCUAUUACCGCCAAAUUGUGCAUGCCUUGGCCGACCGCAACAUAACCACUUGGUGGGCUUUGCACCCCUAUAACGACAAGAUUGUGCGCACCCUUUUCCGCCUCUCCGGAGGGAGGAAUUUUGACAGGCUUAUCCUUCUCCCUGCUGUUGGGGAAACCGAUUCCGACUCCUAUUCCUAUUGCGGAGAUAUCAAUGCUCACGCAGUAUUAUCCCUCUUGGGCUUAUAUCUCUUGGCAAAUAGGGCGCUGCCUCCUAGCAUGUACCCCUUCACCACAGAGAAGCUCUACUUGGAAAGGUUGUCCUCUCUGCGUCAAGUCACCUUGCCCUCUUUGUUGUGCAGAUAUAAGCCAGACCUCUCCUCCGAGGCCCUGCAACAACUUCAAGGCAAGAAUGUCCUUCUGUGUGUGGAUGGUUCAUUUGGUGUAAACUCCUCUUUCUACUGAGCCACAAGUAUCCUGAAAUUCUAAGAAAAUAUGCUGAUUGCA